GUUAUAUUUGAACUUUAGGGUGAUACGUUGAGGAACUCACCUGUCCUCGUCCCCUCUCAAGAACCUGUACAGCCUUCUAAAUCGCCAUGUCUGACCGGGGCUCAUUCGACACUAAUGUCGUUACCCUCACGAGAUUCGUGCUGGAGGAGGGAAGGAAGGCGAAGGGAACGGGAGAACUGACAACCCUCCUCAACUCCAUCUGCACAGCUGUCAAAGCCAUCUCCACUGCCGUCAGGAAAGCUGGGAUUGCCAACCUCUAUGGCAUUGCUGGGAGCACCAACGUGACAGGUGACCAGGUAAAGAAGCUAGAUGUUCUGUCCAACGACCUGGUCAUCAACAUGAUUAAGUCCUCCUUCACCUCCUGUGUCCUGGUGUCAGAGGAGGACGAGAGGGCCCUCAUCGUGGAACCAGAAAAACAGGGAAAAUAUAUUGUGUGCUUCGACCCACUUGAUGGCUCGUCAAACAUUGACUGUCUUGUAUCAAUUGGAACAAUUUUUGCCAUCUACAGAAAGACGACAGACGAUGAGCCCAAUGAGAAGGACGCACUGCAGUCUGGACGUCACAUUGUUGCCGCCGGUUACGCCCUCUACGGCAGUGCCACCAUGAUGGUACUCUCUACAGGACAAGGGGUCAACUGCUUCAUGCUGGACCCUUCCAUCGGGGAGUUCAUCCUAACAGACAAGGAUGUGAAGAUCAAGAAGAGAGGAAAGAUCUACAGUCUAAACGAAGGCUAUGCUCAGCACUUCUACCCAGACGUCACAGAGUACCUGAAGAAAAAGAAAUACCCAGAGGAUGGCAGUGCCCCCUAUGGUGGGCGUUAUGUUGGCUCCAUGGUGGCUGAUGUGCACAGGACUCUGGUGUACGGAGGCAUCUUCUUAUACCCUGCCAAUGUCAAGAGCCCCAAGGGCAAGCUGAGGCUGCUGUACGAGUGCAACCCCAUGUCGUUUAUCAUCGAGCAGGCUGGAGGCAUGGCCACCACGGGAGAGAUGAACGUGCUGGACAUCCAGCCAGAGAACAUCCACCAGCGAGUUCCUGUGGUCCUGGGCUCCCCUGAAGACGUCCAGGAGUACAUCGCCAUCUACAAGAAGACACGCAUGUGAGGCUGCGCUGGAGCCUUCUCUGGAUCCAUCAUGACCUGCUUGUCCACGAGGAUCGACCUUUGACCCUGACCAUAAGCUAGUAAUCUUUGCAUCAUAUGGAUGGAGCUGUGGAUAUACAGUACAAGUCAAACGUUUGGACACCUACUCAUUCAAGUGUUUAUCUAGAUUUUUUUCUUCUAUUUUCUACAUUGAAUAAUAGUGAAGAUGUCAAAACUAUGAAAUAACAAAUAUGGAAUCAUGUAGUAACCAAAAAAGAGUGAAACCAAUCAAAAUAUUUUUUUUAAUUCUUCAAAGUAGCCACCCUUUGCCUUGAUGACAGCUUUGCACACUCUUGGCAUUCUCUCAACCAGCUUCACCUGGAAUGCUUUACCAACAAUCUUGAAGGAGUUCCCACAUAUGCUGGCCACUUGUUGGCCGCUUUUCCUUCAUUCUGCAGUCCAACUCAUCCCAAACCAUCUCAAUUGGGUUGAGGUUGGGUGAUUGUGGAGGCCAGAUCAUCUGAUGCAGCACUCCAUCACUCUCCUUGGUCAAAUAGCCCUUACACAGCCUGGAGGUGUGUUUUGGGUCAUUGUCCUGUUGAAAGCAAAUGAUAGUCCCACUAAGCACAAACCAGAUGGGAUGGUGUAUCACUCUCGAAUGCUGUGGUAGCCAAGUUGUUUAAGUGUACCUCUAAAUAAAUCACUGACAGUGUCACCACUAAAACACCAUCACACCUCCUCCCCCAUGCUUCACGGUGGAAACUACACACGCAGAGAUAAUUCAUUCAACUACUCUGCGUCUCACAAAGACAAGGCGGUUGAAACCAAAAAUCAGGACUCAUCAGAACAAAGGACAGAUUCCCACCUGUCUAAUGUCCAUUGCUUGUUUUUUUUUUUUUUGGUCCAAGCAAAUCUCAAAUCUCUUCUUCUUAUUGGUGUCCUUUAGUAGUGGUUUCUUUGCAGCAAUUAGACCAUGAAGGCCUGAUUCACACUGUCCUCUGAACCGUUGAUGUUGAGAUGUGUCUGUUCCUUGAACUCUGUGAAGCAUUUAUUUGGGCUGCAGUCUGAGGUGCAGUUAACUCUAAGGAACUUAUACUCUGCAGCAGAGGUAACUCUGGGUCUUCCUUUCCUGUGGCGGUCCUCAUGAGAGCCAGUUUCAUCAUAGUGCUUGAUGACUUUUUGCGACUGCACUUGAAGAAACUUUAAAAGUUCUUGAAAUUUUCCUGAUUGACUGACCUUCAUGUCUUAAAGUAAUGAUGGGCUGUUUCUCUUUGCUUAUUUGAGAUGUUCUUGACAUAAUAUGGACUUGGUCUUUUAUCAAAUAGGGCUACCUUCUGUAUACCUUGUCGCAACACAACCGAUUGGCUCAAAUGCAUUAAGAAGGAAAUAAAUUCCAAAAAUUAACUUUUUACAAGGCAGACCUGUUAAUUGAAAUGCAUUCCAGGUGACUCUCAUGUUGCUGGUUGAGAGAAUGCCAAGAGUUUGCAAAGUUGUCAUCAAGGCAAAGGGUGGCUACUUUGAAGAACCUGAAAUAUAAAAUAUAUUUUGAUUAGUUGAGUACUUUCUUGUUUGUUAUUUCAUAGUUUUGAUGACUUCACUAUUCUACAAUGUAGAAAAUAGUAAAAAUAAAGUUAAACCCUAGAAUGAGUAGGGUGUGUCAACCUU